AAUAAUAAUAAUAAUAAUAAUAAUAAUAAUAGCAGUAAAAGUGGAGGGAAACGCCCCCGCAGUCCAUCACCGCCGGCCACACCGCCACGAAACAUAAAUUCCACACAUCCCAACAAUUCCAAUAUUAAUAUCUGCACAGGGAGAAGUAAAACACCAUCCCCCAUUCGUUCCUCUCACUCCACAGAGGCGAAGAGAGAUGAAAUAGAAACAACAAAGACUACAAAGAAAACAACAAAAGCAAAGAAAACAACAGUAGGAAUAGAUGCCAUUCCUCCACAAGAUGAUGGGAAAAAAACAGAGGCAAGUAUUUGGAGUCAAGUAGAACCCUUUGAAAGAAUAACAAGUAACGCCGAUUUCAACUCGGAACAUAUGUUUAAGUUUAUCACAUGGAAUGUCGCUGGUCUACGUGGAUUACUGCGAAAAGACAAUCGUGCCAUUCAAAAACUUUUAGAAGCCGAACAACCCGAUGCCUUAUGUUUACAAGAAACAAAAUUAAAUCCGAAUGAUCCACAGAAUGCCACACUUGGA